CCAUGGGGCAAGGGGAGCCCGUUGAUGCAGUCCACGCGGAUCAGCCUCCUGGCCCGAGUAAGGUAGAGGAGCCACGUGGAGAAGAAAUCCAGGAUCGAAACAGAAGCUGCCCAGGAUCCCCUGCUGAGCCUCAGCUUUCUCAUCUAUUAAACAGCCUGGGCAGCCCCACGCCUGUGCCCCACUUUGGAAGCAUGUCAAUGCCAGAGAACACACUCCCCAAGCAGUUUUGGCCAUGGAUCUUUAAGUCCCAGAGGGAUUUAGCAAAGUACAUCUUAACUGGGGCUCCAGGAGGUCCAGCAGGGUAUCUGAGGCUGGCCAGCGUGGCCCAACUGACCCAGGAGCUGGGCGCUGCCUUCUUCCAGCGGCAGCAGCUGUCGGCCGCCAUGGCAGACACCUUUCUGGAGCACCUCUGCCUGCUGGACAUCGACUCGGAACCCCUGGCUGCCCGCAGUACUAGCAUCAUUGCCACCAUCGGGCCGGCCUCCCGCUCCGUGGAAUGCCUCAAGGAGAUGAUCAAGGCCGGGAUGAACAUAGCGCGACUCAACUUCUCCCACGGCACUCAGGAGUACCACGCUGAGUCCAUCGCCAACAUCCGGGAGGCGGUGGAGAGCUUUGCAUCCUCUCCACUCAGCUACCGGCCGGUGGCCAUCGCUCUGGACACCAAGGGCCCGGAGAUACGCACUGGGAUCCUCCAGGGAGGUCCGGAAUCGGAAGUGGAGCUAGUGAAGGGCUCCCGGGUGCUGGUGACUGUGGAUCCAGCAUUCCGGACGCGGGGGAACGCAGACACCGUGUGGGUGGACUACCCCAAUAUCGUCCGGGUCGUGCAAGUGGGAGGCCACAUCUACAUUGACGACGGGCUCAUCUCCCUAGCUGUCAAGAAAAUCGGUCCAGAGGGGUUGGUGACUGAAGUGGAGAAUGGCGGAGUCCUGGGCAGCCGGAAGGGCGUGAACUUGCCCGGUGCCCAGGUGGACCUACCAGGGCUGUCUGAGCAAGAUGUCCGGGACCUGCACUUCGGGGUGGAGCAUGGUGUGGACAUCAUCUUUGCCUCCUUUGUGCGGAAGGCCAGCGAUGUGACUGCUGUGCGGGCUACUCUGGGGCAGGAAGGACAGGGCAUCAAGAUCAUCAGCAAAAUCGAGAACCAUGAAGGCGUGGAGAAGUUUGAUGAAAUCCUGGAAGUGAGUGAUGGCAUCAUGGUGGCACGGGGCGACCUGGGCAUCGAGAUCCCAGCCGAGAAGGUUUUCCUGGCUCAGAAGAUGAUGAUCGGGCGCUGUAACUUGGCGGGCAAGCCCGUGGUCUGUGCCACACAGAUGCUGGAAAGCAUGAUCACUAAGCCCCGACCAACACGGGCAGAAACGAGCGAUGUGGCCAACGCGGUGCUGGAUGGAGCAGACUGCAUCAUGCUCUCAGGGGAGACUGCCAAGGGCAAAUUUCCUGUGGAGGCCGUAAAGAUGCAGCACGCGAUUGCCCGGGAGGCAGAGGCCGCAGUAUACCACCAGCAGCUGUUUGAAGAGCUGCGCCGGGCAGCACCAUUGAGCCGUGAUCCCACCGAGGUCACUGCCAUCGGUGCUGUGGAGGCCGCUUUCAAGUGCUGUGCUGCUGCCAUCAUUGUGCUGACCAAAACUGGCCGGUCAGCCCAGCUUCUGUCUCGGUACCGACCUCGGGCAGCAGUCAUCGCUGUCACUCGCUCUGCCCAGGCUGCCCGCCAGGCCCACUUAUGCCGAGGAGUCUUCCCCGUGCUCUACCGCGAACCUCCAGAAGCUAUCUGGGCAGAUGAUGUGGAUCGCCGGGUCCAAUUUGGCAUUGAAAGUGGAAAGCUCCGUGGCUUCAUGCAUGCUGGGGACCUAGUGAUUGUGGUGACAGGCUGGAGGCCGGGUUCCGGCUAUACCAACAUAAUGCGGGUGCUGAACAUAUCCUGAUGCCCCCACUCUGACCUAGCCCACCUAUGGACCCCAUCCCUUCCUCCUCACUCCCCCACCCUCCACCCCUCCAUUAACUCUACCUCUAAGUAAGGUCUUCUUUAACCCCAACCCUCCCCAAACUCCCAUCCCAGGCCAAUCUGCCAUUCAGCCCCCUUCCAGGGAGUCCCUUCCCCCUUUCCAUUUCCUACAGGCCACGAGAGCCUGUGUCCAAUUAAGCACUGGUCACCAACAGCAUCGGUUGUACAUUCCCUACAACCAGUCCUCAGUUGAGCCCUAAAAUGCUGUGAGCCUUUAAUCCCAGUUUGGCUGGUCAAUUCUUUUCUCCUAAUCCUCCCACCCCUGGGGCUAAGAGAGAAGAUAGGGCAAUCCUGUCCUCAGUCUUUUCAAAAUCACCAUUUUACAAAUACUUCAUAGCUAUGCAGUGUGAUGUUUUCUUAUGUGGUCCCCCUGAUAAUCUCCUGGGGAGAGCUCCACUUCCUCCCAUUCCCAGGGCAGGACACAGUGGCUUCACCGUGACUGUGACAUCAAAGCACCACCCUUCUCGGGAAGCUGGGGUAGCCUGGGAAGGGGAAGUUGGAUGUGGGGAGAACUGGGAGCCUGGCCAGCUGAUCUUGUCCCUGUCUUCGCAGCCUCUGUGCUGGGCCUGCAGGCUGCUCCCUGCUCACCUCCUGCCUUGCUGGGUCAAGUGCCCUGCUGCCCCCACCUGCACCCUGAGGUUCCUGCCUGCCCACUUCGUUCCCACACACAAAUCAGGAGACAAAAUGAGUGUCUCUAUUUUCUUUUUAAACUUGGCUGUUUGGAAGCAAUUAUAAAACUCCCGUACUCCAAGAACCCCAGAAUACCCCCACCCUGUGGGAAAGGAGUGUUAGAUGCCAGGAACUUGGCUCCAUAUUUUUUGAUGUGCAGAGUAGGAGGGGAGACAGAAGGGGUUGAGGGAGAGGAUUUCUCUUGUCCCUGAGAAGGUAGAGGUGCCGGCUGGCCUGCCCCUCCCCAGGCUGAGAUACCUCGGGCCCUCCCCUUACUCCUGCACCAACAGCAAACUCAGUAUAGAUGAAGGAAUAGGUAAAUAAUAUGAAUUAAUAAUAAAAUUAGCAAAUGGAAUAAAUAAAA